AUGCACCAGACGCAUCCCUGUGUACCCCCUUGCGCCGCUACUACGCCUGUCGGAGCCGCCAGGACUUCUCUCCGUCGUGGGCGGAAGAAGGAUCACCACGACCCCCCUCAUAUCCGAGCUCGGAUCCUUGCUCUUGGUCGUGAGUAUCCCAUCCUACGCGAUGCGAUGCAGCACUAUGCUGGCGAUCUCCCCGAGUCGCGCGUCCAGGUCUUGGAGGAAUUUGAGAGGUACAUUGAUGCCGAGGGGCAACCUCCUAUUACAAGUGAUAAGCAGGGUCAGAAAGGAGGGUCCACUCGCUUCACGUGUCAGGUUAGGUGUGGUGUGAAGCAAGAGUCCCCUCCAUUUACGGGUUAUGUUCCGUGUGGGAUAAUCAAGGGCUCGCUUCAGAAGAUUAUGGCCCACUUAUUCUCGCACUGGAACAUGAAGCCUUGGAAGUGUACCUCUUGCCCCAAUAGGUCCUACCGCGCUCUUAAUGAAUUGACACGCCACGAAAAUGAGAACCACCACGAUACAUGCAGCGAACCGAUCACCAUUUUAUCAGUUAUUCCAACUCAGACUCUUGUCGACUAUGGCAUUCAAGGGCCAGAAAUACAGAAUGUCCUCAAUACACCAACAAACGUCACCCAGGAAUCAGCCUAUCAUUAUUCUGGCAAGAUCAACACGGAAGUUUCAUUUAUCAACCCGGAGACGUUGCGCCAAGAGCCUAUCCUACCCGAGUUUUUCCAUGGUGAGAGGUAUUCGUCUGAUGCAUCCUUGUUCUACAGUCAUUACGACCAUGUGGGUAUCGUUGCCCAGUAUUCCUAUUCUUGGCCCCCUCAAGUGCAAGUUUCUGGCGAGUUUAUGAACGAGGGCUACAAUCCAUUCGAGUCUGCAGGAUUCCCCAAGGCGUACGAGUAG